CCUCUCUCUGCCCCCAAGCAGAAGCCUCACACUCUGGAGGGUCCCCUUGAAUGUGAUGACUUGGAAGACGAUCUCACUGGCAGCUUCUUGUUGACUCACCAUUUGUUAGCUCACACAGAAAAGGCACCCUGUGUCAGUAACCAGUGUGAGAAAUCCGUUAGUGACCAGUCCUACCUCACCCAACAGAAGCAGAGUCACUCUAGAGGCAAGUCAUGCGAGUGCCACCUGUGCGGAAAAGCCUUCGGUAACUGCUCCAGCCUCAGGAGACAUGAGAUGACGCACACUGGAGAGAAGCCCUACGAGUGCCACAUCUGCGGGAACGCCUUCAUCCAGAGCUCCGACCUUAGGAAACACAGCCUGACGCACACUGGGGAGAAGCCGUACGAAUGUCAUCUGUGUGGGAAAGCGUUCAGCCAGUCCUCCAACCUCAGACAGCACGAGAGGACGCACACCGGAGAGCAGCCGUACGAGUGUCACCUGUGCGGGAAAGCCUUUAAGUGCUCUGCGCUCAGAUGGCACGAGAGUACGCACACCGGAGAGAAGCCCUACGCGUGCCAUCGCUGUGGGAAAUCCUUCAGUCAGUGCUCCGCGCUUAGACGCCAUGAGGGAACCCACAGUGGAGAGAGAAUUAUGAACGCCUUCAGUACGUGUCCUGACCUAGGAUGACAUGGUGUUCUAAAUGUAACACAUGUGGGCGAGGUGUCUACCGUGGCUGUUGGCAUUUAAACGCACCAGACGACUGGCACAUCGUUCUAUCACUCUUACUCCUCUUACACAGACUUCCGUGGAGGAAAUCCAUGUGUGACAUCCAGGCAGCAAAACCUUCAGUCCGCAGUCUAGCCGCUGACGACGUGAGAGCACGCACUCUGUAAGGAGAAGGCAUGGAGGGUGGUCAGCAGCGGCUCUCGACCGUGGACACAGCGGACACCUGCCCAAGGAGGACCCCUCGGUGUGUCGUCGCUGUGGUUGGGGCAGCCGGGCGGCAGCCCCGUGAAGUGGAGUAAGCACCAGCCCCCGGGGGAAGUGGGGGAUUGGUCUCAGGAAGCACCUCAUUCACCCUGCGGGAAAGACCCGGAGAACCGUGCGUUCCCUGAGGGGCGCGCAUGAGGACCCCGCCUGUGCCAAACAGCGUCACCACCACAGGGGGGUCUCGGCCAACAUUGAAGUUCUUACCUGAGGGAAGGCAGUCAUGCAGUCCCAGUGGAGAGAACUUGUGCUCCCUUUCACAUCAGGAAACUAAGUCUGGGGGCAAAACCUCUGAAAGAGCCUUUUAUAACAGAGAAUUUAGCAAAUAUUUCAGGACUCUGAGAAAAUAACUGUUCAUAGGGAAAUUGUGGCAUCUAAGUGCAGAAUAGUGCAGUGAUCCAGGAAUAUUGAAAGAAAUGAAGUUUUUUCAAUAGAUUAUUGCUUGUAAACAUUUAAAGAAUAAACCCUGUUGCUGAGAAA